AUGGACGUCGUAAUAAACAUAUCAUGUCAAUACUUAUUCCCUUCGCACUGGGCCUUAGUUGUUACUACCAGCGGCUGUGUGGGUCCAUUGCCACCGCAACCCGAUGCUGUACAGCAAACUUGAUAGUCUGCUCCUGGCCAGUUCCACACUGCCGAUCAGCACGGCCAGACGCAUUCCUGCCAAACUUUGGAUGUCGGACCCUUGGAUGUCAUUGUUGCACCAUGGCUCGAGGUUGAUAGCCCCAGGGCGAAAGUCAAUGUCCCUGACUACUGCAGGUCCGCAAGCUCUUCCAUUAUUCGCUCACGCAGCGCUUGAGCAAGGGCACCAACCUCCGGUCGAGGUCGGCCCAGCACUGGUUCCGACCAUAGGAUCCCCGUAUCUCGCUUCCUUAUCUAGCAUGAAGACCGUGUGAAAAUUCAUAGCGGCUGGGGCGGAGGGGUCCUCACCUCGGUCACCGACUGAGCACCUCAACCAAAGCCAUUAUAAAGGACCACCUCGUUCC